AUAACUUAGAAAAGAAAUUAAUGGCAAACCCAGAGCUAUUCAUGCAAUAUAAACAAUUCAUACAUGAAUUUUUAUCUCUUGGUCAUGGUCACUAUGUCGACAUUGAGAUGUAUGACAUCAAUAAACAGGCAGCUUACUACAUGCCUCACCAUGCAAUAAUUAAGCCAGAGAGUAAAACAACAAAAGUACGCUCAGUGUUUGAUGCGAGCAUGAAAACAAACAAAAAAGUAUCAUUGAAUGACUUACAGUUGAAUGGUCCUGUGGUUCAGAGAGAUCUAUUUGAUAUUAUGCUGUUGUUCAGAUUAGGUAGGUAUACCAUUACCUCAGACAUCAAGCGCAUGUUCAGGAACAUCCUGGUAGAUCCAGCGUUCACAUCGCUGCAAAACAUUCUCUGGAGGGACGAUCCCAGUCAACCAAUAAAAUGCAUUAGACUAGAUAGGGUAACCUAUGGUCUCAAGAGUUCGAGUUAUUUAGCUACUAGAUGUUUAAUAGAACUAGCUAACAGGUAUGAGAAUGAAUAUCCCUUAGCUGCAUUCAUACUAAGGAACAACACUUAUGUCGACGACGUGUUGUAUUCUCACAAUGAUUUAGCCACAGUACGUGAAGCUAAACAACAAUUAUGCUCGUUAUUGAGUUUAGGCAGUUUUAACACUCAUAAGUGGUCCUCCAACAACGAGUUGGUUUUGUCAGAUAUACCAUUGGAGGAUCAACACUUUGACAGUAUUGAUUUGCAAAAAGACAACUACAAUAUGAAAACCCUAGGUCUUCAGAUUAAUACUAAAGAGGAUAAUUUUAUCAUAACUUCACCAGGAACGUUCGAUACAAAUCUACUCACAAAAAGAAGCAUACUUAGUUAUAUAGGUAGGUGCUACGAUCCGAUCGGUUUCAUAAAUCCGAUAAUAGUAGUAGCAAAAUCAAUAAUGCAGAAGUUAUGGAUCAACAACACAGAUUGGAAUUCAUGCCCUCCAACUGAUGUAGAAAGGGAAUGGAUCCAAUUCACCGAAGACUUAAGAGUCAUGGAACCAAUUUGAUUAAGGAUUAAGUAGCCGAAAUUGGUUACUUAAAUUUGACAGACUCAACUUUGAGCAAGUACGGUUUGAGCGCUGUCAAACGCGUUGUGAAACGCAUUUUUGUCGCUAAACAUGAAGUUAAGCAUGCCAACUGUCAAAUUUGAGAUUUCUCAAGCUCUGUUGCUCAAACCAAACUCAAUCAUAAGAAAUCUCAAUUCAGAAACAGAAAUUUAAUAAGUAUGAACUUAAGUAGGCUUUGAGAACGACUCAACCUCAAAUACUCAGUUGCGAAACCGAGGGUUAUUGUUUUAAG